ACCAUGUGUUUCUGGUGAGGCUUCAUCUCCACGCCAAAAUGAGGCCGACGCCCGGCUCGCCUCCACCCGUCCUGCCGGCCGUCCUGGCGCUCGCCUUGGCCGCCCUCUGGCCUCGGCUGUCCUCGGGAGCCACGCCGUUCCCCCAGGACCUGGAGCCAAUCAGCACCGUGGGCAGAGAGUCCUCCUACCUCUACCCCAGCUUCCAGGGCCUCAUGUCGGACAACGACACCGUGCGCCUGGGCCUGGACUUCCAGCGGAUGCUGAGGAUCAACCGGAUGCUCUACGUCGCUGCCCGGGACCAUGUGUUUGCCAUCAAUCUCGCCACUUCGGCCGAGCAGAUAAUCCCACAGCAGAAGCUGACGUGGAAGACGAAGGAUGUGGAGAAGUGCACCGUGAGAGGGAAGAACAGCGACGAAUGUUACAACUACAUCAAAGUGCUGGUGCCGCGCAACGACGAGACGCUCUUCGCCUGCGGCACCAACGCCUUCAACCCCACCUGCCGCAACUACAAGAUGUCCACGCUGGAGCAGGAAGGGGAGGAGGUGGUGGGACAGGCCCGCUGUCCCUUCGAGUCCCGCCAGUCCAACGUGGGCCUGUUCGCAGGUGGCGAUUUCUACUCGGCCACCAUGACGGACUUCUUGGCGAGCGACGCGGUGAUUUACAGAAGUCUGGGAGAGAGCAGCCCCGUGCUGCGCACCGUGAAGUACGACUCCAAGUGGCUGAGAGAGCCCCAUUUCCUCCACGCCAUCGACUACGGGAACUACGUGUACUUCUUCUUCAGCGAGAUCGCGGUGGAGUACACCACUCUCGGCAAGGUGGUUUUCUCCAGAGUCGCACGCGUCUGCAAGAACGACAACGGCGGCUCGCCGAGGGUGCUGGAGCGCUACUGGACGUCGUUCCUCAAAGCGCGGCUCAACUGCUCGGUGCCGGGCGACUCCUUCUUCUACUUCGACGUCCUGCAGUCGCUCACCAACGUGCUGCAGAUCAACCGCCGACCGGCCGUGCUCGGCGUCUUCACCACGCAGGCCAACAGCAUCACGGGCUCGGCCGUCUGCGCCUUCUACAUGGACGACAUCGAGAAGGCCUUCAGCGGCAAGUUCAAAGAGCAGAGGAACAGCGAGACGGCGUGGACGCCGGUUCCAGAGGACCAGGUCCCCAAACCGAGGCCGGGAUGCUGCGCCGGCGAGGGCUCGGCGGCCGCCUACAAGUCGUCCACCACCUUCCCCGACGACACCCUGACCUUCAUCAAGUCCUACCCGCUCAUGGACGAGUCCGUGCCCUCGGUCAACGACAGGCCCUACUUCACCCGGACCACCAGCAGAUUCAAGUUGACCCAGAUAGCGGUGGACACGUCGGCGGGGCCGUUCAAGAACUACACCGUGGUGUUCCUGGGCUCGGACAACGGGCGCGUGCUGAAGAUCCUGGCCAGCACCGAGGGAGCCAACGCGUCCUUCAGCACCCAACUCCUGGAGGACGUGGACGUCUACAACCCCGACAAGUGUAACGUGCGGGGGGAGGACAGGAGGGUGCUGGGUCUGGAGUUGGACCGGGACCACCACGCCGUGUUCGUGGCGUUCUCCGGCUGCGUGAUCCGCGUGCCGCUGAGCCGCUGCUCCGACUACGGCACCUGCAAGAAAAGCUGUCUGUCUUCGCGGGACCCUUACUGCAUCUGGCUCAAGUCUGGCAGCUGUGCAACAGUCUCACCCGGCUUCAAAGGCGGCUUUGAACAAGAUGUGGAGAACGGUUACCAUCAGCACGCUGAAACCUGCCAUGACGUCCUGGCGACGACUCGCAAGCAAAACACGGCGCUGGAUUUGGCGUACGGGAAGACCACACCCACAAGCGCCAGCACAACCUAUCAUGGGCCGGCGUUCCCAAAGGAGGCAGGUGACCCUGAAAGAGGUACAGGUCCUGAUGGCCCUCCCCCCGUAGGGGAGCAAGAGUCACCUGACUCGGAGCCAAUCAGUGUGGAGAUGGAGGGUGUGAGGCGACCGCCGGAGCUGGAGAAGACCAAUCACAGUGUCCAUUAUACCCUCCUGAUCGCUUGUGUUUUGGUGGCCUUUGUCCUCGGCGCCUUCCUCUCCGGCUUCCUGGUCUCCUGCUACUGUAACCACACCGGCCACAAGACCAAGAAGCUGUCGAAGGAUCCAGAGGCGCCGAUCCCGCACGCCCUGUCCCUCCGCAGCCUGGCCAAGCUCAACGGCCUCCUGGACAGCCAGAGCAGGGACGACAAGCUGGAGGUGUCCUCUCCUAAGAUCUACAACUCUUUCUUCGCCAACAGUAAGGAGCAUCACCCGCCGAGGAGAAACGGCCAUCACGCCAUGACAAUGGGAGACCUGGUCCACCCGCACCACCACCACCACCACCUCCACCAUUCCUCCGAGCUGUCUGGUCUGCCUACGCCGGACUCAACCCCAGAACUGCCCAUCAAGAGCAUGAAAGCCUUCAAGAACCAGUGGGAGAAGAACCAGAACUGCAACAAUGCCAAGGAACCAAAGUCCCACAACACUGGCUCCAGGCCCAGCUCCGCCCUGCUUCACCAGCAGGUCUUCCCGUACUCCCAUGGCCUGUCCAAUGGGCAGCCAUUAGUCGGAGGCCACCUCCAUCCAGAGGAACGCAAAAUCCAUAAUGUUGAACGUGUGCUUUCUCAGCAACCUUACCCUGGUUACUCCCAGAAGGUGAUGGAGGUCACCUCACUGGAUGAGCUCCUGAAGCACAUCCACGAGGCAAGCAGCAGCAAGAACACCCAGUUGAUGAGCCCGUCAGGUCUGAUGGCUUGCGGCGGCGGCCAUCUUGCGUUCGCCAACCGCAUCCAACCUCAGAUUCCUGAGACUGAAUCGGCCCCUUACUACAGCUCGUCCACUUUACCUCGAGACAGCCUCACCCGACGGAUGGAUGUUCCUCCGGACAUUCCCCUGCACCACCAGUCCACCCUGGAGAGGAGGCACUCCUCCCAGAGGCACUCGCUAAUCGCCGCAGCCACCAAGAUGCCCAACGGCGUGGCAGGCGGAGGCGGCGGAGGCGGAAUGAUACCUCGGCAGCACAGCUUCAGCCAACGGAAUGGCGGGCCCCACCAGCCGCCUCCCCUCCUGGCACGGAUGAACUCGACGGGCAGCGCCUGCGAGGUGCACUACCCCCUCAUCCCCAACGGGUACCUGACACGCCAGCACAGCUACAACGAAGAGCAGCACGAGGUCCAACACAGGGGCGCGAUCGUUCGCCGGGCCUCCUCCCUCAAACCCGACGUCCCUCCAAAGCCCCUGUUCAUACCGGCCACGUCCCCCGUCAACCAACAGGGAAAGUUCAACUACUGAGGAGGUGCACUCCUGGACUACAGAGGGAGUCUCCCUCGUCGCGUCUUCUCAAAGGAACUUCCCCUUUGAAGGAAUGCGGCAGGGCUUCGAGGUUGCAGACCUUCACAAGCAAAGCAGUCUCGUGGACGGAAGCCUCAACCAAACUCCUUUCGCCCUCCUUCUUUUUGUCCAACGAAUAUCUUUGUACCAUAUUGGUAUUGCUCAGCUACUCGCUCAUAAUAGAACCACGGACUCAGGUGACGUGACGCCACCUCCUUAUAUAUUAGGCUGCCGAUGUCCUCAGUGUGGAUUUACGAUGCAACUUUUUUUUUUCGGGACGUUUUUAACGUUGGGAGAACUUUAACGCAUCAGUCGACCUCGAAGACUUAAAAUCCCGCGAUGCUUAGAUUCAUGCUUUUUGCUUCAAUUUUUUCCGAUGUAGUGUUGGUAACCAGUCCCCGACCCGCCCCACCCCCGAAUGUGUUUAUAUUAUGCAUGUGUGUGUAUAUAUAUGUGUGUUUAUAGCCACACCGUAUAUGUAUACAUAUACAUAUGCAGUAUAUGUAACCUGUGGUGAAAAGUCAGCAAAUUCCCCUGAAAGUAGUUAUGUCUUUGCCUUACUAUACUCUUUCAUCCUUUUGGGCAUAUCAAACGGUCCCCCCCCCCCCCCCCUCUAGGGACACCAAAUCAUGCACUUCAUUGGUACAUUCUCAGUCGGUUGGAAAAAAAACACACUGAACCAAAUUUGUUCGUGUUGAUAAGAGAAAGGAAAUACUUCAACAAAGCAGCUAUAUUCUUGAACCUCCUUUUGUCUUUUUUUUCCCGUCCAAGCAGAUCAGUCGGGUCCAAAAGUGACGUAAUCGGGUCCGUUCGAGGACGUUUCUAUCAGAUUGGUGCUCCACGUCUCUAGUGGGUCUAACGUCCUCUGAGAAUGGAAAAUAAACAAAACCGAAUGCUCAGAAAAUAAUUUGUCAAAAAAAAAAAAAAAAUGCCAACGCCAUCCGGCAUUGUGAGAAUGAACAUUAAAAAAAAAACAAAAAAAAAACAUGGAAACAGACUGCAGUAAUUCUAAUUAUUAACUUUGUGGCUAUUGGUUGUAAAUAAAAGGAAUAAUUACUAGCCAAAUUUUAACUGUAUGUGUAAAUGUGUGCCUUAUUUAAUAAUAGUGUGUGACAUGGGGGUAGGGGUUAAUGCAAGGGGCUCAGGUGGCUACUAUGCCACAAUAUAUUGUGGGUGUUUCAUUUCCUGUGGUCGUCAGUAUGUGUCAUACGGUAUCUAUUGUAUAUUUGAAGAGUUUCAUUCCAGAAUGAGAUAUGUCUUUAUUUUUUUUUUAAAUCUGAUAUUGCAAGUACGAUUGUAACACUCACUAAUUAAUCAUAUGUUAUAUCUUGAGCCCUUUUUUUUAUUAUUGUAACACUCAAGCCCUUUUUUUUUUUUACCAAUUAAUAUUUGACAAGUUAUCAUCUGUUAUUAUGAAAAAUAUAAAAACACCAGAUAUAUAUGUAUAUUUAUUUUGUUCUCCCCCCCCCCCUACUCCCCGAGAUGGAUUACAGUGUUUUGGAAUGAAACCCUUCAUUGCUCUCUUUGCUUUUGUUUUUUUUUAGUGUUUUGUUUUUGUUGUUUUGUUUAUUUUUCAUCCCAGAAGUGUGAGCCUGCAGAAUAUUUUUGGGGAGAGUUUGGCAAAGCAAAUACAAACCGCCCUGAGACUGCAGACAUUCAGGUUGGACUGCCUCCAUUUUAUGUCACUUUCCACUGGGUGUCACUUUCCCUAAAGGUGCCAUUGUUCACUUUGUUUGUUUGUUUGUUUUAGCGUUAGCAUUAGCAUUAGCACCACUUUGGGGUUUUUCUAAAAGAGCAGCGCACAGUUCCUCUUACGGGAUCUCCUACAGACCUGGAGCCAUCGUAGAAGUCAAUCGCAGAUAUGUGGCAUUUGAUUUGAAGAUUGCUAAAAAACGCCGUGAGAAUAGCUGGAGGCAUGAAACCGGACUUCUACGAUGGUUACCGAUGUAGAUUCUGACUCGCCCGUGUCACCGGGCGUCAGCUUCCAGCCACGCAGGAAGCAACUUUAGGAGAACGUGUGAAAACGCAGAAGAAGUGCAAUGAACUCUGAUCCCGACCAGCUGAGAUUGUCUCUUGGAACCCGGUUCCCAGGUGCCAAAGCGUUUGCUGAGCUCCUCCCACUUGGGGGAAAGGUGGGGGGUGCCGGUACGACUCCACCUCCAGGAAGAAAAAAUAAAAUAAUAAAGUAUCACGCGGCUUCGACCGACUUUUUGUUCACGGUCGACUGGAAACGUGAUCAAUUCUGUGAGAGCAGCGCUACGUUAUUUACUGUCUGAAAGCAGGUUGUUUUAUUGAUUGAAAUUUCCCAGAAUGCAUUUGACCCGAUAUUUAAUAAGUUUUCUACUCAUACUCCCAACACUCCAGGAAAUUAAGAAAAACAGUGAGGAGAAGAAGAAAAAAAAAAAGGCAGCAGAGCAUUAAAUAGCAUUUGGAACAACAAACACAAAAAACAUCCAAAUUGAUUUAAGGUCGUGACCGUAACGUUUCAUAAGAGGAAUUGUGGCAGCUUACAGUGUUUGAUGCGGGGAAGUGUUGUUGUUGUUUUUGUUUUGUUUUUGUCUGCCGGUGACAGAUUGUAAGGGAGAGGGAGCGGUCUCGCCUCUAAAUAGCUCUUAUCAGUAUUUUGAUUUGGUGUAAAUACAUUCUAUCUGGGCGGGGUCUCAUUGAUUCAGUAUUAUGGUUUUUAUUUUUAUUAUUUUUUUCCCUGUCUUUAUUUCCAGGCUUCGCCUCUUGAAUUACUAUGAAUUCGGUCUCACAGAAAACCAUUGUAUGUCUCUUAUACUAGGAAUAAAAUGA